AUGCGUCGUAGUGGUCUGGGCAAUCGAAGCACGCUCGGCGGCGUCGGCGAGGAUCAGAAGAUGAACAAGCAGACGGGAGGAAGCGUCGGAUGUCGUCAGAGUUCCGAUGUGAUGCGAUGGGAUGCAAUUUAUAAUGUCAGGUUGAGCAGAGGAGACAAGAGAGACCACAAACGAGGCACUUUGCCGACGACAUGGGUUGGCAAUGACUUGAUCGUGGAUGGGCACAAAGGCAAAGGCAAACGCGGCGAGGCGGCGAGAAUGGGAUUGGUUGGCGGUGGCGUCUUGCAUAGAGCGGCGCUAGAGUCCGUCUUCGCAUCCGCUGGAUGA